CGCGCUGCGCCCAGAGCCACGAAAGGCUGCCUCAAAGGCGCCGCAGGCCAACCGCAGUCAAGCCAUGGCAGCCCUGACCCACGUGGGGACGCGCACAGAGGCACCAACCCCACCACCACAGGAGCUCGAUGAUGAAUUCAGCAGUGAAAGCGAUCUCGAGGAGGGCCAGGAUUACGUCCCACCGCCCCCGCUGCCGCCCUGGCCCCGCGGCGCGUCCACGAAGCCGCAGAUGCCGCCGCGGCACAAAGCAUUAGACAAGCUCAGGCUGGGCCACGCCCUCACGUCCUUUGAGGUCGUGCGAGCCUUGCUCGGCAACGACUUGUUGAGAGCGGUGCCGACGGACAUCAAGAGAACGAUGGAGUACUCCGGCGCCGAGAUAAGGGUGGUGGGUCUGCUCUGGCGCGGCGGCGGCGACGAAGAAGAGGUGGACGACGAAGACGCCCUCAAGCCGGACGAAUGGCUGCCGCGCGAGGUCCUGGCUUAUCCACCUCUGCUGGAAUUACCAAGGGAGCAAAUAAUGAGGAUCAAGCACAAGUUGGAUGCGCAGGCGAGGAGCGACGCCAUCGAAUUGGGGCGGGAGUACCCCGAGCCCGACGAAGAUAAUGAAGUAAUAGAGAAGCUGCGGGCCGCGCGGCCGCCGGAAAUUGUCAGAAAGAAGCAUCCUGAGUUCGACACGGAGUUCGAUCCGGUCAAGGUCGUGCGCCAGGCCGAGAAGGAUCGGCUGGAGAAGAUAUCAAGAGAAUAUAGGGAGAAGGAGCGGUUCCUGCGACCGUCUCAUGUAAAGGAGGACGUCGUCGAGGCGAUACAGCGCGUGGCCGCGCCGCGCAAGUCGCACGCCAAACCAUUGCGACCGCCGCCGCCGCGGCCUCUGAAGAAGGAGUACCCCUUCCGCAUCGGCCCGCCGGCCUUUUCGCGGACUCAGGCCAUGCACGAGGACAUAUCGAAGCGGCCGGCGCCGUCGGGCGACCCCGCGGAUGGAUGGAUCCAGGAGUUGUAUGGAGAAGACGAGGAGCGUGUCCUGCGGCUCGCGGCGGGCGCGCCGGCAAAUAUAAAAUUUGAGUGGAAGGACGGCGCGCUGGUUAUUGUCGGGUUUGUGGACGAAGAGGCCGAGGCGCGCGCUCACAAAGCGGGCGGCGUCCUGGGGGCGCGAUUGGCUUCGGUGAACGGCGUCUCCUUGCAAGGCCACGGCCGCGAGUCUGUGAUGAGACGCAUGCGGGAUCUCGCCUCCGUCGCGCGGCGGCUCGGCUUCGCGGCGGCCGCGCCGUCGCAGUGGCACAAGCCUACUGGCGAAGCCGAGUCUACUGAAGAGUCGCCCGCGGCGGAGGCGUCGCAGUGGCACAAGCCUACUGGCGGGCCCUCGGAGACCGUGCCGGCGGGGCCGUCCGACGAAGAGCACAGGCCGCCGGCCGACGCGAUUCCGGCGGGGCUCUUCGCGCGGCCGACCGCGCGGCCGCGGCUCUGCGUCCUCAAAUAUGUCGACGCCAAUGCUAAUAAGAGAGACCUGCCCGCCAAGACCAAGGAGCGCACGAGGCGGUCCCACGAGAACGAGUACCGCUGUCUGCGGGAUUUAGUACCACUACUUCUCGAGCAGUCGAUCUACGCGCCGCGGGUCCUUGCCUGUGUGGAAAUCAAAAUCGCCGCGUCACCGCUCGACGGAGCCAGCGUGGCCACGUCGUCGCCGAGAAAUGACUUCGUGCAACCGACCCACUGGUUGAUUUCCACACAGGUCCUGGCCGUGGAGUCCGACGGCGAAGGACGGUACCUCUUCGCGCUCGAGUACCUGUCCAAGCCGAACUUCGUCCAGGAAGCGUGCCUCACGGAGACGCAGGACUACCGCUGCCUCAAGUGGCUGGCACGCUUCCACGCGCUAGGCUAUCGCCUGAAGCACGCGGGCUUCGACGGGCUCGGGUUGUGGGCCCUGGGCGGCCACACGUCACUUCGAGUGCGCCCGACGGGCGAAGAAAAAAAGCUCCCGAAGACCUACUCGCAGUGGCGCCUGGCGUUCGGCGCCGACGCGGAGUUCACGCCGCCCGCGGGCGACGUGGGGAAGCGCCUCGCGGCCGUCGCCCAGGACAUCGAUAACUGGCUGGCCGCGGCGCCGCGCACGUUAAUCCACGGCGACCUCAAGGGGGGCAACAUCUUCAUGCGGAAGCACGAUGCCUACGUCAUUGACUGGCAGUGGUGCGGCUGGGGCUGCGGCGUCCACGAUGUGGUCUAUUACUUGGCAACCACCGCAAGUGACGAAACGGCGUCCGACUACGCGCACGCGCUCUGGCUUUACCAUCACGCGUUGGUGAACGAGGUGGGUCCGGAGUUGAGGAAGGAGCGGCCCUGGCCCUUUCCAGACACGCAUCGGUUGUUCAUGCUCGCGCUGUUGGACUAUAUGCGCUGGGCCUGGUCCUAUCGGCUCGUGGACGAAAAUCCGUUCCUCUACCGCCAGCGGCAGAAGGGCGAGGCCGAUACCAACUGCGGCGCGUACCGGCGGUCCUUCAAGCGGCUCAAGGUGCUUUGUGAUUUGGCGGAGGCGUUCCUGCCGGGCGCGGAGAGUGGGGCUUUGGGGAAGUCGCUCAUGGACGUGUUAUAA